UUUUCGGGUACCCAUUCUCUUCUACUUGUUUUUAGUGGUCGUAAUUUUAUUAAAAAUCAAGACCAAUGAACAGGGUACAAGUACUAAGAAGCUGUCUUAGAAACGCCCGUGUAGUUUUUAGUCGUGCUGAUUAUUGCUCUCUCGCUGUCUCAUCUUCUUCUUCUUCGUGCGUUUCUCCUCCUCAAUUACCUUCCGUGCUUACAAGCACGACUGUAUUUGAUUACCAAGAUUACUGUCUAGACUCUAGAAAUCAGUCGACUGUUAACUUAGUCGCUGCCAAAGCUCGUGUAGGAAGCAGUCCCGAUGAGAUUCUUCUGUCUUUGGCGCACGAACAAGUGUGCGAUGACAUUGAGGUUUCUGAUGAUCUUGUUGACAAAUUGCUCCUCCGCUUUAAGGAUGAUUGGAAAUCUGCUUUGGGUGUUUUUAGAUGGGCUGGAUUACGCCCUGGCUACAAACAUAGACCUGAGGCAUAUGAUAUGAUGGUGGACAUUCUGGGGAAAAUGAAACAAAUGGAUCAAAUGAGGGAGUUAUUAGAGGAAAUGAAUCGAAAUCAUCUAGUUACACUUAACACUGUGGGUAAGGCUAUGAGAAGGUUUUCAGGGGCAGGAAAAUGGGAAGAUGCUGCGAGGAUGUUUGACGAAUUAGGAACAUUUGGUUUGGAGAAGAAUACGGAGUCUAUGAACUUGUUGCUCGACACGCUUUGCAAGGAGGGCAAAGUUGAGCAGGCCCGCGCUAUCUUCUUGGAGCUUAAAUCACACAUUUUGCCUAAUGCUCACACAUUUAACAUUUUUAUUCAUGGUUGGUGUAAAGCCAAUCUAGUUGAUGAAGCACACUGGACUCUCCAAGAGAUGAAAGGGCAUGCUUUUCGACCUUGUGUAAUCAGCUACUCUACCGUCAUCCUUUUCUAUUGCCGCCAGCACAAUUUUUCUAAGGUCUAUGAGCUCCUUGAUGAAAUGGAAGCGCAAGGGUGCCCACCAAAUGUUGUUACUUACACCACCAUCAUUGUUUUUCUGGCCAAGUCACAGAAUACCGAGGAGGCUUUACAACUAACUCAGAGAAUGAAGUCAGCCGGAUGUAAACCUGAUACACCUUUUUUCAAUUCUUUAAUUUAUAUAUUAGGGAGAGCUGGCCGAUUUCAUGAGGCUGUUGAUGUUUUUGAGAAGGAGAUGCCAAAUGCCGGGGUCUCCCGUGAUACAUCUACUUAUAAUUCCAUGAUUGCUAUGCUCUGUCAUCAUGGUCAUGUAUCAAAGGCCCUUAGUCUUCUGAGGGAGAUGGAAACGUCGGCACCUUUCAAACUUGAUGGUCAGACAUUCUACCCAUUGCUUAAGUCAUGCCUUAGAACUGGAGACAUGAAUUUGUUGAGUCAAUUAUUGGAUGACAUGGUGAAAAAGCAUCAACUAAGUCUUGAUAGAUCAGCCUAUGCUCUUCUAAUUCAUGUCCUCUGCAGAGCAAACAAAUGCGAGUGGGCUUACCAUCUGUUUGAGGAAAUGAUCAGUAAAGAUAUAGUACCGAAAUAUCAAACAUGUCAUAUGCUUUUGGAGGAGGUCAAACUGAAGAGUAUGCAUGAUACUGCUGAGAAAAUUGAAGAUUUCAUGAAAAAAUUAUAAAUGCAAGGCGCAAGCUUCCCUGGUGAACUUAUUCUAAUUUUCUCUUUUUCUUAAACUUAUUUGUCUCCCAUAGCAUGUGGUAUACUAAUACAUGGCAUUUUGGCACAGUGGUGCUGUUUUUGGUCA